AUGGCAGACCAAGAGAACACUGAGGAGCUAGCAGCUCCUGCUGCUGAGGAGAGCACAGCCACUGUCAUGGCCACUGAGGCCGAGCAGACAGACACAUGGAGGAUAGAGGUGGUGUCUGUGACUGAUGACGACCUUCCGACGGUCGAUACCCCGACCACAUUGAAUGUCAGUCCCCUCGACAGCCCCAAUGACACCCCUCUACCCGACACUGCCAAACCUGAACCCACCACUGAGCCCAAAGCCCCGCCCCCUGCCCCACCAAGUCCAGCCAUGCCAAUCACUAAGGUCCAGCCUUUCAUGAAUGAGGAGAAGACAUGGUGUGGCCGGUUGGUGGCUCGCAGGAUGGAGCUGCUGAUCGGAGCAUCGGUCCUCAUGGUGGUUUUUCUCACGCUGGGCAUUGGGCUGGGAGUGGGUCUUAGCUGUGUGGGUAAGUUCCGCUGUGGUACGUCUUCUCACUGCAUCAGUGGCUCAGCGCAGUGUGACGGGGUGAUGGACUGUGAGAAUGGGGAGGACGAGCUUAGCUGUGUGCGUUUGAGUGGAAAGAGUUCAGUGCUCCAGGUGCUGAGUGGAGGUGUGUGGAGGACUGUCUGCUCUGAAGACUGGAACUCUGCUCUGGGCCUUUCUGCCUGCAAGCAGCUGGGCUACUCCAGGUAUGUGGAGUCCCGCUCCCUCCUCCUCUCUGCUAUAGAGCAGGACUUCCAGCAAAACCUGGUGUCAAUCAACCUGAGCCAGUCGGGCCAACAGGCCAUCAAGAUUCACAACGCCACCAGCCUCAGUAAGACUCAAUGCAGCUCAGGGACAGUGACCACAAUCAAAUGCCUGGAGUGCGGCUCCAGACCCCAGUUCAGCAGUCGUAUUGUUGGGGGUAAUGUAUCAGCACUGGGCCAGUUCCCCUGGCAGGUGAGCCUACACUUCCAGAGUGAACACUUGUGUGGAGGCUCUGUCGUAGCAGACAGCUGGAUACUGACAGCUGCACACUGCGUGUAUGGGUUUGCGUUCCCCUCACUGUGGGCAGUGCAUGUAGGGUUGACAGAGCAGCCGGUGAAUGGGGCUCAGGCUCUGGCAGUACAGAAGAUUAUUUACCAUGGCCGCUACCGGCCCAAAGCUCUAGACUAUGACAUCGCUCUGAUGAAGCUGGCUGAGCCACUCACCUUUAACGGUCUAGUGGAGCCCAUCUGCCUACCUAACUUUGGGGAGGACUUUGAGGAUGGGACCAUGUGUUGGAUCUCAGGCUGGGGGGCCACUUCAGAUGGGGGUGAUGCUAGUGAUUCGUUGCUCUCUGCCCGGGUCCCACUCAUCUCCUCUAAGGCGUGCAGCACGCCAGGCGUCUACCAGGGCUACAUCUCCCCCGGGAUGAUCUGUGCAGGAUACCUGGAGGGAGGAACAGACUCCUGCCAGGGAGACAGCGGGGGACCUCUGGCAUGUGAGGACUCAGUGUGGAAAUUGGUGGGGGCCACUAGCUGGGGCCAGGGCUGUGCUGAUAGGAACAAGCCUGGGGUCUACACCCGCGUCACCCAGUCCCUGAAGUGGAUCCACCAACAGAUGGAGAAAGAAGAGGAGCUGAACCCCUCGGAAGUUGGCUUGGCAGGCGCCCAUCUCACGUCAGGCCUCAGCUGGAUCGCCUGGGUUGUACGCCAGCUGGCUUGCCAGGCGUCAACGCUUCAGCCGGCUAAUCAGGCUCCCAUGGUUCAGCGGGAUCCUCAGGCUGUCACGUCUCAACCGGGUCGCCUCAGCCUGUUCGCCAGGCUCCCACGCCUCCCACGCCGGUUCAUCUGGCUUAUACGCCCCCAACUGGCCGAUUAG